CAGCAGCAGCAGGCAGCAGUCCCCUGUCAAAUCACAACGGGGGUGACGCACAGGCGGAGGACGUACAUGAAAGUCCUCCGAGGACUUUUUGUUUUUGUUUAACGUCUAAAAGUCACGGUAUUUGCGGUUUAUCGGUGUGGAAAUACUCAAACGUCUGGAUUAUGAAGAGGUGUUACAGUUAAACAACGUUUUGCGGGCGUUUGAACAAACUAAUGUACAGAAAAAAGUACGUUUUUCUUCCGCUCAGAGACGUUAACGUCAGACGCAAACCAACCGAGGACUACUAACGUUAAGGGGAUUUUACCGUCUCAUAUUUUUGUAUACUUUUUUAUUUUUUCACGAAGUAGUGGUCAACAGAUUUGGGAGCUGCUAACGUGUACAUAAAUAACCAGGAUAUAACCACUUUUCUUUCUUUUUUUAACCCCAUUUUGUUUGAAUUCACCAUGCUGGCGAACACGACGCUUUACGCGGCGAAGAAACGGAAGAAGCCGGUCCAGAAAAUACCCAAGCCCUCACCCCCCGAUGGCGCCAAGUCCAACCCGUCCAAACGCCACCGCGACCGGCUCAACGGCGAGCUGGACAAGCUCACCAGCCUGCUGCCGUUCACCGAGGAGGUCCGGGCUCGGCUGGACAAGCUGUCGGUGCUCCGCCUCAGCGUGGGCUACCUAAAGGUCAAGAGCUUCUUCAACGCCACCAUGAAGAAAGGCCAGAGCAGCUCCAGCCUCAUGUUCGGGGAAAACGUCCAGACUCCGUCUGCCGCAACCUUGGCCCCCUCUUCCUCUUCCUCUUCCUCCCAUGCCCCCUCCGGCGAGGUGACGUCCAUCGACGGAGUCCGAUUUACCGAGGGAGACAUGCUGCUUCAGGCACUGAACGGCUUUGUGUUGGUGGUGACGGCCGAAGGGUACGUCUUCUACACAUCGCCCACCAUCCAGGACUUCCUCGGCUUCCACCAGUCGGAUGUCAUCCAUCAGAGCGUGUUUGAGUUGAUCCACACGGACGACCGAGCUCUCUUCAGACGGCAGCUCCACUUCUCUCUCAACCCAAACACCGUCCACAAAGAUGGCACCGCAGUGAGUCCCAGUGAGCAGAGCUCGGCGGAGAUCAGCAGCAACGUGAUGACCUACGACCCGCAGGCCAUGCCUCCAGAGAACUCCUCCUUCCUGGAGAGAAACUUUGGCUGCCGCUUCCGCUGCCUGCUCGACAACUCCUCCGGCUUCCUGGCCCUGAACUUCCACGGCUGCCUGAAGUUCGUCCACGGUCAGCACCGCGUGUCCGAGGACGGGACGCUGAUCCCCCCGCAAUUCGCUCUGUUUGCCAUCGCCACGCCGAUGCAGCCGCCGUCCAUCCUGGAGAUCCGCACCAAGACGCUCCUCUUCCAGACCAAACACAAGCUGGACUUCACGCCCUUGGGCAUCGACACCAGAGGGAAGGUGGUUCUGGGUUACAGCGAAGUGGAGCUGUGUAUGAAAGGUUCAGGCUACCACUUCAUCCACGCCGCAGACAUGAUGUACUGCGCCGAAAACCACGUAAGAAUGAUGAAAACCGGAGAUAGCGGCUUCACCGUCUUCAGGCUUCUGAGCAAAUCCAGGAAGUGGGUCUGGGUCCAGGCCAGCGCCAGGUUGGUCUUUAAAGAGGGGAAACCAGACUUUAUCACGGUCCGGCAGAAAGUUUUGACGAAUGAAGACGGGGAAGAGCAGCUACGCCUCCGUCGGCUGCAGUUGCCGUUCAACUUCGCCACUGGAGAAGCGUUGCUUUACGACAUGGCUCCCACCAUCGACAUCCCCGACCCCUGCUCCGCCCCCAAGCAGAGAAAGUUAGACAACUACAACGUCCCCCCCAACUCCCUCCUCGGCUGCAUGCUGAGUCAGGACCAAUCCAUCUACUGUGAGCACAACGACACCCUCAGCUUCCUCAACGACGCCGCUUUCAAGGACACCCACGCCACAGUCAGCGUUCACGGAGAUGUCUGGCAGCUCACGACGCCCAAAACUGCCUCGGGAAGCCUGGUGAAGUCCGAGGACAACGUUCAGGACAUGAUGGAGACCCUGCAGCAGAUCCUGUUGGACAACAACCUCUGUGACACCGUGGAUGUGGAGCCUGAAGAGCUCAAGAGCUGGGAGAGCACCCUGUUGAAGAUAAACAACAACAGCUGCGAGCUAAACGAAGACCUGGACCACAUUCUCAGCAACGACAUCCUGUCGUAUGUAGAGGAGCAGCUCCAGAGGGAGGGCGGAUUCAAGCUGCCAGAUCAGCUGGAUGAAAUACCAGCCUGCCUUUCCACUUUGGACCUCCAGAACCAGAUUCCCGGCCAGGCUGGGGAGCAGAACUUCGGCUGGCCUCUGGAGCCCCAGAACCAGCUGAUAACGAAUGGAGGGCAGAUGGUAGCCGGACAACCGUCUCCAGUCGUGGGGAUGAUGAAACUGACUCACAUGGAUCUUCCUCAGUUGAGUUCUAGUUUAAACGGUCCAACCCUUCAGCAGAUUGCUUCACAACAAACGCUCCCCACUUCUGUUGGUCUUCAACUGGGAACCACGGGCAACACUGGCGCUCCAGUUAACUUCAACCCCUCAGUGGCGGCUACAACACAGAACCAACAGAGGAAAAGACAGUUAAAUCCCAUGUCCAGCUUCAAGGGAGACCAGUGGAACUCCCCUGACCCCAACUCAAACCAAGCCGACAGCUUUGUAGCAACCUACGCCCAAAAUGUUUCAAACGAACCAGGUUUUGCUGCUGAUCCUUCCUUGGCAAGCUGCCUACAGGGCCACUUUGCACUUCAGACACAAAACAAUGGCAACCAGAGACAGUCUUGGCUGCUGGAGCAGCAGCUGAUCUCAAGCGGACACCAACAAAUGGGCGCCUGCCUCAGCCAAAUGUCAAGAUUUCAAAGGAAUCCUCUUCCUGGGGUCGCCGUGGCCCAGAACGCUGUCAACAGCAGACCAAUGUUCAGAACGCCAGAGACUUCGAAUGCACCGUUUCCCGUUCAGCAGGCCAUGGAGCCGCCGCCUCUUGCGCCUUCAAGCAGUUGUAUGUUCAGUAAUGCCCCCGCCUCCGUGCCUUUAAACGGAGGGAACCUCAGUCAGACACCCUCCUGCCAGAGACUGAACCAUGCCAGCAACCAGAUUCCUUCCAAGCCCGCCUGCUUCAACCAGAUUCCUUCCAAGCCCGCCUGCUUCAACCAGAUUCCUUCCAAGCCCGCCUGCUUCUAUCAGGGUCUCCCCGGAGUUGGAUCCGUGCCAGGGAGGACGGCCGUCCCUGGCCCUGAUGAGGCAGCGCUGUCCUGCCAAAUGGCGACUGGUCUUGACCCGAACGGCCUGCUGUUCAGUGAACAAACGCAGAUCAACAGCUGUCUAGUCAACGGGAACGGCGGUAUCCCCUUCUCCUCGCUCCCCAGUGGAUACUACUCAGAGAGCAAAUAGGAACCAGCCGGAUGCCCAGCUGGGACUGAAACGGCGGUUUAAAGGAAGCGAAAGUGGAUCAGACUGAAGAACAGACAUUUUCUCGAGGAAAGGACGAGGAUACUCGACAGGACGCCUCUCUCCUUUUUCUCUUUUUUCCUCGUAUUCGGAAACAGCGGCGGGAGCUGGAAGUGUUUGGUUCAGGACGGCUGGUCUUUGAGGAAGAGAAGAAAAGGACAACCUAUGUUCCCAUGUGAAAUCCCUCUUUGGAGCUGGUUGGAUUGUACCAAAAAAAACAAUAACAAAAAGGUUAACGGAUGAUCUGAGUCAAUGAUUUGUUACGAGCAAUCAAGAUGGAGUUGGAGACACUUUUUAACCGGUGGUAAAAGUCAGUUUUCUUCCGCCACGCUGAUGGAUGAAAGUUUGGCUGCAGUCAUCACUCAUUGUCAGCCAAUCAGGCGCUGCGCUGCCCUGCUCUACUCUUUAUCUUUAUCCCCAGGGUUCAACAUUAAGGGUUGCCCGAUGGUCCGGGGCAAGCAAAACGCCACUUCGGGCAAGUAACUAUAACAACCCGGUUGCCUGUUCGGACGUCAUCGUAUCAUAAAUGACGUUAUCGUUCUCUUUCCCCCGUUUUUUUGUUGUUGUUGUUAAUAAAUAAAAUGAAAGGGGAGAGACUUGGAGGUCGGAAUGGAACCUGCGGCCGCUACAAGACUGAGCCUCUAUAUAUAUGGGCGCACGCUCUACCACUAUGCCGACCCAGGCACCCUCGGAGAAUGCUUGCUGAAGGCGCCGUUGGCCGUUGCGCCUUAGAAGUUUAUUUGCGACAUUGUUUUUUUUACGUUUUCUUCGACAUUUGGCUCUACUUUCAAUAUGUGUGUUGUUGUUGUUGUUAUUUCCCCUUACUUUUUUUCGACACUUUUCAGGUUUCUAUUUUUUUUAAAUUGUUAAACUGUUAAAAUUGACAUUUCGGGCAAGUCAAUUUUUUUUUUUUCACUUGCCUGAGCAGACAACUGAAAAAAAAAA